UUUUUUUUUAAUUUUCUGUUGUUUGGUUAAAUUGUUAAAAUUUUUCUUUUAGAGCCUUUCUAUGCUAGAAUAUCUGUGGAGUCAUAAUUCUGCCAGGUGAAUGUGUUUCAAUUCUUUUUAAAUGCAAAGGCAAUAUAUACUCAUUACAAUAAAUUAAAAUAUCUAAAGUGGUACCAAAAAUGUGAAUAUUCGCCUCAUUCUCUCUUCCAUCCCUACCUAGGGUUUUUAUUCUUUUCACAGAGUUAAGAUCACAUGAUAAUCAGUAAUCAUUACCUUUCCCAUUUUUCUCAACACUAUAAACACUACUCUUUAAACUUGCUUUGUUUCACAAUGAAUCAUGGACAUGCCUCCAUAGAUAGAUAAAUCUAACUAGUUACAACAUUCUUUAUAAUAGUUGUAUGCUAUUCCAUAAUAUAGAUUAUUUAACCGUUAUUUUCCUGAUGAACUUCAGACUAUUUCCAGUGCUGCAAUAAACCUCCUAGCCAGGGGUUUUAGAAAGUCCACUUCAAAAUCACCCUGUAGGUUUCUGCCAGUGGUCCGUCAGCCACAGACUGGUUCUGUCAGGAAAAUAAGACCACUUUUUUGCAGAAAGCCGUGUCCCUCACAGCCCUGUGGGGCUGUGCUGGGUGAAUGGACUUGUCUUGUGACUGAGCUGGUAGAGCUGGACAUCUUAGUCACUCAGCAUCAGCAUCAAUGGCAGCCUUUGAAAGGAAGCCAGUGCCCAGAGCAAGUUGGGAAAUGAUCAAACAAAGUUACAGAGUAAAGCACCCAUGUUGCUUGGCCUCCAUGUAUAACCAAUUCUGUUUUGGAUCUAUAAAUGGUAGUUAGUUAAUAUAACUUUGAGAAGAUUUUAGAUAGUUUUGUGAUAAUUUUGUUUUCUAACAUCUAUUUACCCAAAAAGGACUAACUUAGAAAUCCUAUGAUUGAAAUAAUAAUAUAGAGGCAAAAACAAAAACUUCCAAAAUAGCAGCCAGCCAAUGGGAAAGAACUCUUGAAAUAAACCUGGAGCUCAGAAUUUCUUUUUCCAUGUCGUUGGCCUUCUCCUCACAGUGAGACCCUAUGGAAUUUCUCUUUCAAUAUACAAAUUCCAACUCAAUAUAGGUAACAUAUCCUAUCUUAUCCAAAGAGGUUACCCAUCUUAUUUAAUAUAAAAUACAUAGCAUUUAAGUAUUUAAAAUUGUAUAUUGUUAAUACUUUUAUAUCCAUUGUUGUCUUUGAUGUUAAGGUUUUAGACUAUCAGGCAAGUAGCAAUCAGAGUAUUCAUGGACCUGCUCCUCCAAGCCUGGCAUAGUUAACUUGUUUGCAGUUAUCCAGGAAGAUGCUUCACAUAGAUAAACACUUGAUCAUGGCCAUGGCUUCCCAUGUGAUGUUAAAUGACUGAGGACGGAGUAGAGGCCUGCAGAUGGAGUCUGCUUCCAAAGUGGUUCAGGCCAGUUCUCAAAAGCUACGGAAAAGAGAUCUCUAACUGAAGUUCAUGUGUCAUGGCGGGUGGGGGGAGAGCUCCCCAAGUAACUAACCACUCAAGCUAGAGAGGAACACCUAUGAAAAGACAGAAAAUUGCAAGAAAAUUGCAAAACUGUGGUUUAGGCUUAUUUAACAAAGAAUAUCUCUGGCCCCUCCUUCUCUCUGUCUCUGUCUCUUUCUGUUUUUAUAGCUAGCUAGCUACUGUUGUUGUUAGUUGCUGUCAAGUUGAUUCCAACUCAUGAUGACUCCAUGUGUGCAGAGUAGAACUGCUCCAUAGAGUUUUGAAGGCUAUGACCUUUCAGAAGCAGAUCACCAGGCGUGUUUUCUGAGGUGCCUUUGGGUGGAUUUAAACUGCCAACCUUUCAGCUAGUAGUCAAGCAGUUAACCAUUUGUGCCACCCAGGAACUCCUAUAGGUAUAGAUAGACAUAUAAAUUACAUGUAAUACAUAUAUGUAUGUAUGUGUAUAUAUAUACACACAUACAUAUAUGAAUGAAACCCUGGUGGCGUAGUGGUUAAGUGCUACCGGUCAGCAGUUCAAAUCCACCGGGAGCUCCUUGGAAACCCUGUGGGGCAGUUCUGCUCUGUCCUAUAGGGCCACUAUGAGUCAGAAUUGACGGCAACAGGUUUUGGUGUAUAUAUGUAUAUAAUUUCCAUAUUUAAAGUUAAUGAAGGGCAAAACCCAAGGUAGCUGCUGUAUGGCUAUUUGUAUCAAAGGGAUUUGGGAAAGAUAUUUUUUUAAAAAGGCUGAAAGGCUCUUUUGUGACUAACCAUGUCACCUUGUUUUCAGAGUGAACUAAAACUGAUUUUGCAUCCCUAAGCACUAGUAUAACAGCUGUGCAACUUUAAAUGAGGCUUUGACCUCUCUGAGCUCCAGUUUCCACAUCCACAAAGUUAGGGUCAUACUACCUCAUAUGACUAUUGGGAGGUUUAAAUGAGAUAAUAGACGUAAAAAAUGCCCAUGUAGUAUUGAAUAAAUACUGGUUUCCCUCCUAGAAAACUCAGGGGGUCUUCCAGUACAAAGAUGUUUCUUAUUAGGAUUAAUAGGGCUACCCAGGAGGGUGAUGGGAAAAAGAAAACUUAGUAAGAUAUGAGCAAUGAUGCCAAUAAUCAAAUAUAUGGAUUUGUAGUGGAAAAAGUGUUUCUGUAUCCUUUAUCUUAUUAUUUCUUCACAAGAAUCAUAUGAAUCAGACAGGCUAGUUAUACUCAUUAUAGGAGAGGAACUGUGGCUAAAAAAAAUUAAAUGGAUUAAUCAAUAUCAUCUUGCUAGCCUAUAGUGUUGCAAAAGUUCUGUUUGUUUUUGUUUUUAAUAGUCCAGUGCUAUUUACAUUACUCCAUGCUCUCUGUCAAUGCCAGAUGGUUAGCAAAUAUUAAAUAAUUGGAAGUCUGAUUGACCCCGACCCUAGCAUUGUUCUCAAAUUUCCCGUGGUUCCUACAAAGACCAGACUGUCUAGGAAAGUCAUAGAAUGACUGGUUUCUAGGGCAACUCCAGACUACUCUUAGACUCCUGAGGCCUACACUAAGCUUGACAUACAUGUCUCCGGUGGAAUGGGCCAAAGGAAUUGCAUUUCUAAUAUCAAAUGCUGCAUGUUUUCUGACAAUUUCACUUCCGUUUUAGCAUUUCCUGAAUUAAAUUAUUUGGAAAGGCCUCCCUUCCAAAUAUAGUGAAAAGUUUGGUUUGCUUUGUGUAAACCAGGGUUCACAUAUUUCUGCCCUCUUAAGUGUCACCAAUGAUUAUUGUAACAUGUUAGAUGUUAUGAUGUUUUUCUCUUCUUCUUUCUCCCCUUUGAAAGUGCAAAUCCUCAAAUGAUGGAGAGCUGAGAGCUUGCAAUUCAGUAGGUUCUCAAUAAAUGCUUGCUGCUGCUGCUGCUUUUAAGAUACCAUUAAGUGUUGGCUUCUUAGGAAAGGUUCAUUAGAAAACAUUGUAUGAAAGAGGGUUAAUUCUAGAAUAAGUGGUGUCUGCUACCCCCCUCCUCAUAUAGUGAAUUAACUCUUUAGAAUUCUUUCUUAAAGACAGUUGCUAGGAAGUUCAAGAAUGCUUAAGAAAGUGCUAAUAAUUACGUUGUCUACUUGAAGGCAAGAAAAGACAAAGCAGGUCCUACUUUCCCUAUCAUAAAUACGAGUCCAUUAAAAAUUAGAUCUGAGACUAGAAAAAAGCAAAAUGCAUAGUUCUUUCUGGGGAAAAUAAAAACAAAAAACCUUUGAGUUGAAUUUCUCAUUUCUCAAGCGUAGGAACAGAGUAUGUUUUGUUUGGUCCCUGCAAAUUAUAGUAAUUUGGUUUCAGCUUGAACAAGCACCACAGCAAAUAAGUGGUAGGAAGUAUCUCUACAGGAGUGGCCAAACAAGUCAGUGUUCAUUUCCUUCCAAGCCCGAGUUUGGCUGAUCCAUCUCCAUAGAAAAGCAGAACAAAAGCAUGGGAUUACUGCACCAAGUGGCUCGGCUCAGAGCGUAUUUAUAGCAAUCUAGCUCACACUGAGGGCUUCCUGUUCUACUCAGCAAACGUGCGCAAAUGGAGGCUCCAGGACCAUAACAGUAGACGUAGAUGAAGGAUGCUGCUAUGAGGAAAGAUUCGUCAGAAAUGACUGAUGUGGAGUCUGUGGUCACCAGUUUCGCAUCUUCAGCAAGGGCAGGCCGCCGGAAUGCCUUACCGGACAUCCAGAGUUCAGCUGCUACAGGUGGAACCUCAGAUUUGCCCGCCAAACUGGAGGCCCUCAGCAUGAAGGAAGGUGUGGGCUUUGCAGUUAGGCAGGUGGGGAACGUGACUAAACCAACCGUGAUCAUCAGUCAGGAGGGGGACAAAGUGGUGAUCAGGACUCAAAGCACAUUCAAAAACACGGAGAUUAGUUUCCAUCUGGGAGAAGAGUUUGAUGAAACAACUGCAGAUGACAGAAACUGUAAGUCUGUUAUAACUCUGGAUGGAGACAAACUCGUUCAUGUACAGAAAUGGGAUGGCAAAGAAACAAAUUUUGUAAGAGAAAUUAAGGAUGGCAAAAUGGUCAUGACUCUUACUUUUGGUGAUGUGGUUGCUGUUCGCCACUAUGACAAGGCUUAGGAAGGUACGGUUCCUGACCUGGGGCUGUUUUCUUUUCCUACAAUUUUUCGGUUUACGCAAGUCUCAGUGACAUCCUGCUAUUACAGCAAAGUGCAUCACUAAUUAGGUUAUCCUUUGUGUGGAAGUGGAACAUAGUGACUUAAAAACAUGUCACUCCAAGCUACUAGUCCAGUUUUGAUCUGCAAAUUCAUCAUGUUUUAUAAUUCGCCUUUAAAAUUUUAAGCACUUUUUUUUUUUUAUAAAGAAGUAAAUACAUUUUAUACUUUCUUUCGGGAUGCAUAUCAAAUUGGAAUAAAAAUAUUACACAUAUGUGAAAUGUCGUUGUUGUUUUUAAUAUCAUUAUUCUGGCUGCAAAUUGUAUAAUAGAAGGUUUUAAGUAAAACAGCCAUUCUUAUGGCAUAAAAUAAGACUGGAUGAUUCAGC